AUGCGUUUCUCAACUCUCUCAGCCGGUGCGGCCAUGACUGCCAUGGCCGUGGCCAGGGAACUCCCCAAGGACGACAUCAAAGCCUCGAGGCUCUACGACAGCGGCGUCGUCCACAUGGAGAGCAUGGCACGCAAGAAGGCUGCUUGGAGGGCCGAGUAUGACGCCGGUCUGCUCGACUCGACGCAAUGGCCUCGCCUCAACUACACAAAGUGCAUCGAUGGCAAGAUUGAGGCUGUCAAGGGAGACCCCAUGCAGACCUUCCGCUGCAAGAACAUGGACCUCUACGACUUCAUCAACCACGCCACUCUAGGCUCGCCCAACGGCUGGGAUGAGGGCGGUAACGGCCUUCUCCUUACUGGUAGCUCCUCAUGGGGCUGGACUGAUCCUGAGAGUAAGCGGGAGUUUGUCGCCAACGGCAUGUACGACGGAACCGCGUUCCUCGAGAUUCUGCCCGAGGGUCGCCUGCUCCAGCUGGGGUUUCUGCCUUGCCCUGCUCCCACCAACGACGAUGCCUUCUGGAAGGAGAUUCGCAGCUACAAGAACUACAUGCUCAUCGGUUCAGAGCUGGGCGACCACGGUAUCCAGAUUUUUGACAUGACCACCUUGCUUGACCUGGAUGGUAGCGAGGUCAAGGUGUUUGACGUGGAGAAGGAUGUUGCCUCGCACUUCAAGGAGCUGCCCGAGGGUGCCUCGCACAACGUGGUCAUCAAUGAGGAGCUCGGCUACGGUGUCGCUGUCGGCUCGCGUCCCCGUAGGACUGGCUGCAAGGCUGGCCUCAUCUUCUUCGAUCUCAGUGACCCAACCAACCCUACCUACAUGGGCUGCAACGGCGACGAUGGCUAUGUCCACGACGCGCAGUGUCUUGUUUACCGUGGCCCUGAUAAGAGAUACGACGGCAAGGAUAUUUGCUACGGAUUCAACGAGGACACUCUGACUAUCUACGACGUGUCCGACAAGACAAAGAACAAGAUCAUCUCCGUCACCUCCUACGAGGGGGCCGCCUAUACUCACCAGGGGUGGGUGCUUGAUCCCAACAACCAGGAGUACCUCCUGAUGGACGACGAACUCGAUGAGAUUUACAAGACCGGCAUGGCUGCCGAUGGCUACGCUGUCACCUACAUCUGGAACAUCAAGGACCUUACUCUGCCUAAGCUCACAGGCCUGUAUAAGGCAAGUGUUAGAAGUGUCGACCACAACCAAUACAUCAAGGACGGUCUGUCCCACCAGUCUUCGUACAUGGCUGGAUACCGGGUGUACGACAUCUCGUCGAUCCCCGAGGACCCCACUGGGGACUCUGUCUGCGAGAUUGCCUACCUGGACAUCUAUCCCGAGGACGACAGCGCUCCUGGCGGUGGCAUUGCCGACAUGUUCGGCUCCUGGUCCCACUACGCCAUGUUCGACUCCGGCUUUGUCUUCAUCAACACCAUCGAGCGCGGCGCCUACCUGGCCAAGAUGACAAAGCGCGAGUCGUGUCCAAAGACGCACAAGUGCAACGCCGACAAUUGCCUGCGUGCCAUGCGCUCCACCUCGGUCAACGGCCGUCUGGCCGAGUCGCAGGAGUUCUGCGCGGACUGGACUGAUGGCUGGUCUGCUGACGUGGCUGCUGUUCCCGAGUACGCCUCCAAGGCCUGCGGUGCCAACGUCGUCUCGCGCGUGUCAUCUGCCUGCUCUUGCUUGCCUACUGCCGAGCCUACCGCGUGA